AUGGAUAACAGAACUGUCGGAAUUCUAGGCGGUGGCCAAUUGGGCCGCAUGAUCGUUGAAGCGGCCAGCAGAUUGAACGUCAAGACAAUAAUUUUGGAUGCUCCAAACUCUCCUGCAAAGCAAAUCAACGCUUUGACCGAACAUGUAGAUGGCUCGUUUUCUAAUCCAGAGGACAUCGAAAAGAUCGCUGCCAAAUGCGACGUUCUUACCGUGGAAAUCGAGCAUGUGGACGUUCCAACUUUGCAGAAAGUCCAGAAAGUUCACCCAAAACUAGAAAUCUAUCCGUCCCCAGAGACCAUUCUUUUGAUUCAGGACAAAUAUUUGCAAAAGGAACACUUGAUCAAAAAUGAGAUCGCUGUUGCCGAAAGUGUGGCUAUUACAGAACCAUCGGAGCAUUCUUUAUCUCAAGUGGGCCAGAAAUUUGGUUACCCCUACAUGCUGAAAUCCAGAACUUUGGCUUAUGAUGGUCGCGGUAACUUUGUCGUUAAGUCGGAAGCGUCAAUUCCCGAGGCAUUAGAAGUUUUAAAGAACAGACCCUUGUAUGCAGAAAAGUGGGCUCCUUUUGCCAAAGAAUUGGCCGUUAUGAUUGUUCGUUCAAUUAAAGGCAACGUAUAUUCGUAUCCAACAGUGGAGACCAUACAUCAAGACAAUAUUUGCCAUUUAUGUUACGCACCUGCUCGUGUUUCUGACUCGAUCCAACUAAAGGCAAAACUUCUGGCUGAGAAUGCCAUCAAAUCGUUCCCAGGAUGUGGCAUUUUUGGUGUCGAAAUGUUUUAUCUAGAGAAUGGCGAAUUGCUGAUCAACGAGAUUGCCCCAAGACCUCACAACUCUGGGCACUUUACCAUUGAUGCUUGUGUUACAUCACAGUUUGAAGCGCACGUAAGAGCUAUCCUGGGCCUACCACUGCCAAGAAACUUCACAUCUUUGUCGACCUCUAAUACUAAUGCCAUAAUGUUGAAUGUGCUAGGCGACAAAAGCGUGAAGAACAAAGAGUUGCAAACAUGCGAACGCGCACUCCAAACUCCAGGGGCUUCCGUUUAUCUUUAUGGAAAAGAAUCCAGACCUCAAAGAAAAAUGGGCCAUAUUAACAUUGUGAGCUCUUCGAUUGAAGAAUGCGAGCGUAAGUUGCGCUUUAUUACCGGUGAAACUGAUAAGCCACCAUGCUCAAGUGCAGUUGAUGAUCUGGAAACACCUAUUCCAGGAAUUUCCAAAAAGCCAGAAAUCGGUAUCAUUAUGGGCUCCGACUCUGACUUACCAGUUAUGAGUGCUGCCUGCAACAUACUAAAUCAUUUCGAAGUCCCAUAUGAAGUUACUAUAGUAUCUGCCCACAGGACACCUCAUAGAAUGAGUAAGUAUGCCAUUGAGGCUUCUGAGCGGGGACUGAAGGCUAUUAUCGCAGGUGCUGGAGGUGCCGCUCAUUUGCCUGGUAUGGUCGCCGCCAUGACCCAUCUACCGGUUAUUGGUGUUCCUGUGAAAGGUUCUACUUUAGACGGAGUCGACUCAUUGCAUUCGAUAGUUCAAAUGCCUAGAGGAAUACCGGUAGCUACGGUGGCGAUCAAUAACAGCACUAAUGCAGCCCUUCUUGCUGUCAGGAUCUUAGGCGCUUACAAUCCUGUUUAUAGUGGCAAGAUGCAAGAGUUUUUGCUCAAGCAGGAAGAGGAAGUUUUGAUCAAGGCUAAGAAGUUGGAGUCUCUUGGGUAUCAAAGCUAUCUAGAUGGUAAGUGA